CUCGGGCGGAGGCGGAGCAAGUUUCUUAAUGAUAUCAUCGGCAGCACCGCCUCCAGCCCCGUCCCUAGCACACACACUAGCCUGCUAUGGAGAAGGGGGGCGUGCCACUUGCAAAUUAGCACUGUAAAGCCUCAUCACACAUGCUACGUAACAGGCAUUGUUGAUAUGUCGCCUAGCAACGACAGGCAGCGUGUUCUGUUGUUGCUGUGACAACGGAUGUAAACAUCAGUACCACUGCUCACCUGUAUUCCGCUACACUCCAUAGAGAAUCCUCUCCUCUUAAAAAGAUGGUGAUUGGGACCAACACCCGGAAGGCUGUCCAGUCCGAGCACACCAAGGGCAAAGCUUCUUCUGAGGGCUUCACCGUUAGAGCCAUGAUGAAGAAUUCAACAGUUAGAGGCCCCCCAGCAGCAGGGGCAUUCAAAGAACGACCUGCAAAGCCCACGACUUUUCGCAAGUUUUAUGAGCGAGGAGACUUUCCAAUCGCCCUUGAGCAGGAUGCGAAAGGAAACAAAAUAGCCUGGAAGGUGGAGAUUGAGAAAUUGGAUUAUCAUCACUACUUGCCUCUCUUCUUUGAUGGUCUUUGUGAAAUGGCACAUCCUUAUAAAUUUUUUGCACGUCAGGGAGUCCAUGACAUGCUGGAGCACGGAGGACCAAAGAUUCUGCCUGUCAUUCCUCAGCUCAUUAUACCCAUAAAAAAUGCCUUGAACACUCGCACCCGGCAAGUCAUCUGCAACACUCUCAAAGUUCUGCAGCAUUUAGUUGUUUCAUCUGAAAUGGUGGGUGAAGCUCUUGUCCCCUACUACCGCCAGAUUCUUCCCAUUCUCAACAUCUUCAAGAAUAUAAAUGUGAACUCAGGCGAUGGCAUUGACUACAGCCAGCAAAAACGUGAAAACAUUGGUGACCUGAUUCAAGAAACACUAGAAGCUUUUGAGCGCCAUGGAGGAGAAGAUGCGUUUAUUAAUAUAAAAUAUAUGGUGCCUACCUACGAAUCUUGUCUGCUGAACUAAAUAAAAUAGGAUUAUUGAUUGAAAAUAAAGGCUAUGUGCUUCCAAAUUUGUACAUCCAACUGAAACAUUUUUUUUCUCGUGUUUAUGACUUUCUCUCUUCACAGCUGCUAAAAUGAGAUCUUCAGGGCCAUUUCACUGUUAGUACUAUUGUGAACAAGGCUAUCAAAUACAUAAACAGUGACUGUUCCUUACAUUA